UCCACGGCGGCAGGUGUGCGGAGUGUUUACGGUUACGGAUCGGGCGGCAUUACCUAUAUACCACCAUACCCCCGUGCAUCGAAAAAAAAACAUUGGGUUGGCGAGCCAAGUGAUUCAGCCCAUGGAAAUGGCCCUCGUGGAGCGGAAGUUGUUACGUGCGAAAUUGUAAAAUGACCCCAUCGGAGUUUUUAGGAAGUGAAAAUAACACGAAUGUUCAUCAAUAGUCCCGAUUAAUUCGUGGUCAUUUGGUUCAGUGGUUCAGUGCUGGCAUGACCAAUCUGCGUGUACUUCUCAAGUGGUUUGUUGAAAAGUGAAAAGCUACUUAUAAAAAUUGAGUUCUGUUGUUGGAAAAAAAAAGUGCUUUACCAAAUAUAAUCCCUGUAAGAGCGAGUUGAAAAGUGCCCGAAACGGAAAUAUGCUUGAAUUUUAUUUCCAUUCGACUUGACAAAUGGAAAGUCAACAAAUAUAUCAAUCAUCUUGAAGUUCUUGAUAUUGAUAUCUAAUCAAAAGAUAUGGCUGACAUAUUCUUCGACAACUUCGUGGAAACAUUUGAGUGCCCCAGUGAAAAAUAACUUGUGCGUCAGUCCACGAAAAAUAGUUCAAAAUAAAGUUUAAACUUUAAAGGGUUAUGGUCAGUUGUUCGCUGACAUUAAUUUCCCAAUCGACUUGUAAAAUUAAGUUAAUAUUUCCUUUGUCAUAAAGUCUUAUCGCAGCACCGAAAGUUUCGUUAGUCCAAUAAACGAGCUUAUGCUAUAAACCAAAUCAGAACCUGAAAACAAUACAAAGAGCUGGGCCAAAUCAAGCAAUAACUUCAUUAUUAAAUGCAAAGAAAAGGCAACGUUGAAGCCAGUGAAGAACAACAAAUAAAGAAGCAGAGAAGUGUGCUGAUAACUGCAAACGAAAUGUCAAUAAAUUAAUAUAAAUGAGUGACUCGUGACUGGCGGCUCGGGCGAAUCACUCCGGCCUUUCUCUUGUCGUUAUUGUUGAUGUAGCUGUGGCCAUUACUUUGGCCAAUGUUGCCGCUCGUUCCGUUUUCCAAAGCAAAUCAGGGCAGGGAAAACAGAAUACAGAAUACAAAUGGCUGUGGAAACAAGCGGGCAUUCGUUCUUAAUUUCAUCGGACGGCUGUUCGCCGUUAUCGACAAAUCGCAUAAGGAAAUACAAUUCAAUUGGUGGCUGAUAAAACGGCGUUGUGUGUAUGAGACUUUUGAGGCCAGGGAAUUUGUUAAUACUGCCAGCUACAGCCGUGAUAAUUCCCCCAGAAUUGCCGCCAGGCACCCCCAGAAUUGCGACCGUUCAAGGCAUUUGCCUUAGAGCUUUUGGCCAAACAAUGAAAUCCCCCCGCAUAAAUAGAAAACAAUUAGGCAUUUGAGGCGAUAAGCGCGAAAUGAUAAAAGCCAGCAAGCAUACUGACUCAUCGCAAUGACCGAACAGAAACAAAACCCGAGAAAUUGGUAGCAAUUCGCUCUGAGCGGUAAUUAAGGCGGCCAGUUGACGAUGCGCAUAAUUUUUGAACUUUGAAACUUUUGUUCCACAAACAAAUUUAUCAGAUGCAAAGCAAAUGCUGCUCUCAGUUCUGGGACAGUUGAUAAACCGAUGUGGUCAAACACCGACUUUAGUGGGGACUGCCGCCGAAAUCCUUUGUUUUUGAUGGCAAACUGAAAGCUGAUGGCUUGCACAAUAUCUCGUUUCCUUUUGAGUGCGUACUUCUAGUUUCUAACAUUUUGUUAUAGCUUUCCAGAUACUGGAUUAAGUGGCGCACUGAAAAACAAAACCGUAUUUGACUUAGUUUGUGCUAUCAAUAUUUAAGAAGAUUUUAAUGAAAAAAGAAAAAAUGAGAAAAUAAAAAAUACAAAACAAAAUUCAAAACCAAUUAACGGAAUUCGUUUAGUGUGUCAAAACUAUGCUACUUGAUGUUUCAAGAACAUAGCUUUUUUUGUAUAAAUAAAUCAAUGUGAUUAGAUAUUUUUGAAAAACUCAAUUAUCGACUAAUAGCAUCUAAUCAAUUUAAAAGCAAUGAGUGUUUCUUGUACAAAGCAAACCGAUUUGACGUCCGAUCACAAUUGAAGCAUACAUAAUCCGCGACAAUUGCAACCGAACACAACAAAUUUAUAGCCGCAAUUAAAUCCUUGACCAUAAAUCAGGCAAUAUGGCCGGGGUAAUCAACGUGUUUAGCCCACACCCAGCAACCGCAGCAAUCGAAUUGAGAUAAAACAGCGUGCCGCAACCACGACUAAUAAAAGUGGAAGAGUGGACAAAGUCACAAACACCCAUUGACGGAUCCAGAUACAUUAGCUGAAUCGACAACAAAAUGGCCUGCUUUCCCAGGCUUUUCCACCACCGCAGCAAAAACAAAUUCACCCCCGCCCAAGAUGAGAACACCGAUACGAUACUCAACACACAAGAUAGUCCCGUGCAAAUUGGUUUGUACAUCCGUCGCGAGGAGAAGCCCCUGUACUCGCCCAUCGUGACUCCGAGUGCCAGUGAGGCCAAACUUCAACGGCUGAGACAGCAGUCGCCCGUCUCCGGCUCCCCCACUCCACUCCAGCCAGUGGCCGAAAAUGGCAGUACAAACAACAAUGGUGGCGCCCAGGCGCGCAAGUUCCUCUCCAACAAGGACAAACUGCAGGCGAGCAAACAGGACGAGCAGUGGGCCUCCUCCUCUGUCGGCGGCAGUGCAAUUAAUGUCGCACGCUUAGCUUCAAAUUUGAAGCCAGUCAAAGAGCGACGGCCCACCGCCCUGCCCAGCGAGGUGCCCUGCAUAGAGGUCGAUGAUGACAAGGAUGCCAAGGAUGCCAAGGAUGCCAAGGAUUCUGAUGGCCAGUGGGAGGGGGAGCCGGGUGCCGAUGUCCUCGAUGGCGGCAAGUCAAAACUCAAAGUGAAUGUGAAUGGCAUAAUUGAUGAGGGCGGUGCCGAUGCCGAUGCCGAUGAUGUCGCCACACCCUCGAGCACUGGUACCGCCACUACACCUGUGACGGAGAGUCCUGUAAAGUUUUUCAUUGGUCACACGCAGGAUCUAAGCGCACUGCAAACGGAUGACACCUUGUCCUGGCAGAGCGGCGAUGCCAACAACAACAGCAAGCUGACAAAUGGUGUCCUGCCGCUGCCGCAGGAGAAUGGUCACCACCAAAGACCGCUCCCAGCUCCGCCCCGCGCCAAGAGCUCCAGCAAUGUGUCACUCAAUUAUCUGGCCAAGAGCCAGUCGGACAGCCACCGCCGCCGCCGAGUGUCCACGAUGCCCGACAUUAACAUACCGCCGGCCCCGCCGAUGCCCCCGGAGCUCCUGGUCCCCGGAACACCGCUCCACCUGCGCAAGAAGCGGAGCGUGGAGCGUCCGCAGGACCAUCCGGAUGCUUCGAUCAGUCAAGAUCAAACAGUAAGGACGAAGGAAAGUGGCAAUGACAAUGCCUCGACACCAAAAACCCAUCGCGUUGAAGGUGGCCUCAUCUACGUCCGACCCAAUUUUCCCAUUCAAGGCGACAUUGAAAUCGAAUUUAUUGCAAAGGACGAAGCCACACGCAAUCUCAUACGGACGGCCAUCGAGCGCAACGAUUUCCUCAAUAAUCUAAUGGACAAGGAGCGCAAGGAGAUGGUUAUCAAUGCAAUGGCGCCGGCCAGCUACCAGAAGCACAGCCUCAUCAUCCACGAGCACGAGGAGGGCUCCGAGAUAUACGUGUCCGCCGAGGGGCAGUACGAUGUGAUCCGGGCGGGCCAGUUGGUGGCCAACUUUGGACCGGCCACCGUGUUCGGCGAGCUGGCCAUCCUCUACAACGCUCCGCGACAGGCGACCAUACGAGCUGCCAGCGAUGCACGUGUUUGGAAAAUCGCACGAGAAACAUUCAGGGCCAUCAUGCAAAUCUCUGGCUCCCGGGAGCGCGAGGAAAACCUUCAGUUCCUGCGGUCGGCUCCCUUUCUGCAGGAACUCGACCAGAGUUUGCUGCACAAAGUCGUAGAUCUCCUGCAAAGGAAAUUUUACGAGACCGACAGCUGCAUUGUGCGCGAGGGCGAAGUGGGCAACGAGUUCUACAUCAUUCGGUGCGGUACCGUGACCAUCAGGAAGCGGGAUAAGCAGCAGCAGGAGCAGGUUGUGGCCAAGCGGAAGCGGGGCGACUACUUCGGGGAGCAGGCCCUGCUGAAUGCAGAUGUCCGGCAGGCCAGCGUGUAUGCCGAUGCUCCGGGGACCGAAGUGCUCAUGCUGGACAGAGAAGCCUUUAUAAGCUACUUGGGAACUAUCAAACAACUGCGCGAAAAGCCCAACAGUCAGCGCGGCGAUACGGGCGGUCGGUCCAGUAGCAAAUGCCUGGAAUUCGACAACGAGUACUCCCAAGUGGCCAUCUCGGAACUGAAGAAGAUUGCCACUCUGGGCUGCGGAGCCUUUGGACGCGUGGACCUGGUGGCCCUGGGCCAACAGGCUCUGGCCCUGAAGAUCAUCAAGAAAAUCGAGGUGGUCAAACAAGAUCAGAUAGAGCACGUUUACAACGAGAAGAACGUGAUGAUUAAGUGCCGCCACUCGCCCUUCAUAGUCCAACUCUACCGCACGUACCGCAAUGACAAAUACGUUUACUUCCUAAUGGAGGCUUGCAUGGGCGGUGAUGUAUGGACGGUGAUGUCAAAGCGUCAGUACUUCGAUGAGAAGACCGCCAAAUUUAUUGCGGGCUGUGUUGUCGAAGCCUUCGAUUACCUGCACUCGCACAACUUCAUCUACAGAGACUUGAAACCGGAGAACCUAAUGCUGGGCACGGAUGGCUACUGCAAACUGGUUGACUUUGGAUUCGCCAAAUUCGUGCGACACAAUGAGAAGACGAACACAUUUGCCGGCACCCCAGAGUAUGUGGCCCCGGAGAUUAUCCUGGAUCGAGGACACGAUCGUGCCGUCGACUACUGGGCGCUGGGCAUUCUCGUAUAUGAACUACUGGUUGGCAAGACGCCCUUCAGGGGCGUGAAUCAGAUUAAGAUCUACCAGCAAAUCCUCAGCGGCAUCGAUGUCAUCCACAUGCCGUCGCGCAUCCCCAAGUCCGCCCAGCACUUGGUGCGGCAUCUCUGCAAGCAGCUUCCGGCGGAGAGGCUGGGAUAUCAGCGGAAGGGAAUCGCGGAUAUCAAGCGGCACAGCUGGUUCGAAAGUCUGGACUGGCAGCGACUGAAGCUCAAGCAAUUACCGUCCCCCAUCAAGAGACCUCUGAAGAGCUGGACAGACCUGCAGUACUUUGGACCCUCGGGUGUGGAAAACGACUAUGAGCCACCGGAGGAGUUGAGCGGUUGGGAUAAAGACUUUUAAAACUGCGCAGUUGAGAGCCAGGUAGCUAAUAAGAUGCUGUAACUACAUAGCAGCUAAAAAAAAUUAACAACCUCGUACCAGCUUCGAAAAAUCUUGAUUUAGUUCAUACCCAUAAGUUGUUAAAUAGGUAUAAAAUACAUUUAAGUAGACUAAACUAAACAUGAACAAUUAUAUCA